AUGGGCAUAUCCACGGUCAAUCAAAAUCGGAUGCAACAGUUGCUAAUUUUACAUUUGGAGGAUAGCAACAUGACGGGACUUCUGUGUAAAUUGUUUUUAAUUUUGGGAGUGCUUGGCAUGGCUGUGGCAGUUCCCAUUAUUUCGGCUGGAAUUUCAUUUGGCACACCAUUCUACCGCCCACCUGUCUACUAUGAACAGCCGUAUAAUCAUUAUUAUCACUAUCAGGAAAUACCCAGUCACCACUAUUCGUAUGGCUAUCAUCAAAAUAGCUACGAUUACAUUGGAAGUGGAGGCUAUGGCGGUAUUUAUGGAUCAUUGAGUGUGUCACCAUUUUUAAUUUAAGGACAUUUUUGGGAAAAGGACAAAUCAAAAAAUAAUUCUUGUGUAACAACUAGU